AUGUUCAUUACAGAAGUUACCGCUUACGAUGCUUUGAAAAAGGAAAGUCACAGUGCAGGAGAAGAUGUUUAUCUUCCGGGAAAUUUACCACGUAUAACCGGUGCAUACCUUCCUGUCCCAGUUCAAACAGAUAAUAUCGAAAGACCAAUAGUAUAUGUUUCAGGUAGAUAUGAUGUUUCACAAUGCGUUAAUAAUUCAACUUGUGUCCUUUCAUCAAUUGACUCUAUCGAGGAAAAGUUAGAACGUUUAUGGAAGCUAGAAGAAGUCUCGAUCACUCCACAUGCUUGGACUAGUGAACAACAAGUUUGUGAUCAUUUGUUUUCAGAAACAGUAUGCAGAACAGAUGCAGGUAGAGUUAUGGUAAGGUUGCCAUUUAAGGAUAGUCCUCAGUGUUUAAGCAGUUCAUACGGUACAGCGUUGCGCAGAUUUAUUGCACAAGAAUAUCGAUUGUCACGGUCGCCUGAGCUCAAAACGCAAUAUGUUGCCUUUAUGGAAGAAUAUCAAAACCUUGGUCACAUGAUUGAGGUAAAAGAUCCAAAUAUUGAUGAACCUCAUUAUUACAUUCCGCAUCAUUGCUUAUUGAAGCCAACCAGCACCUCGACGAAAUUAAGAGUCGUAUUCGACGCAUCAUGUCGAACCUCUUCUCAGAAAUCUCUCAAUGAUAUUUUGAUGAUUGGACCUACUCUUCAAACUGAAUUGUUCAUCCUCUUGUUACGUUUUCGCUUAUUUCGUUUCGCUCUUACUGCUGACAUAGUGAAGAUGUAUAGGCAAAUUCUGAUUGAUCCUGAAGAUAGAAAAUUUCAGUACAUUCUUUGGAGAAGUUCACCAUCUACCAAUAUUCGUACUUUCCAGCUCAACACAGUUACAUAUGGAACAGCUGCUGCACCGUACCUUGCCAUUCGUUGCCUAUUGUAUAUAGCGCAUCAAUAUGUGGAUCAAUUCAAGAUUGCAGCUGAAGUAAUCAAAUCUUCGUUUUAUAUUGAUGACUUAUUGCAUGGUGCAGAUUCUCUUUCUGAGUUACAUCAAAUAAGAUACGAAUUGGAAGAGCUUCUAAAACAGGGAGGUUUCGAAUUAGCUAAGUGGCACUCAAAUCAUCAAGCUUUUAGAGAUGACACUACUAUCAAAGAUCUCAAUAUAGGUUCGGAUGUUAUUACCAGCACAUUGGAACUGAAAUGGGAUCAAGAUAAGGAUGUAUUUAUUCCUUAA